GUCAACGUCAAUUUUUAUUUAUAAAGGAUGUGUUAAGGUUAAGUCAAAAUUAUUGACCGAUUUUAAAGACAUAAAUAUAAACAAAUAUUGAGAAUAAUGUCUGAGGCAGUAAAGAACCUAACUAAAGCUGUAAUUGAAAAAAACGAGACAGACAUAAGUGAUAAUUUACAGUUUUUACUUACGCAAAAAGACACCAACUUAAGCACUGUUGAUUUGUUUAAAGAUUUAUUGAAAUUUGACAAUAAUAAAAGUAUUAUUAAGCAUACAGCUGAAUUAAUAGCAGAACUUGCACGAAUAGAAUCAAACCGAGAAAUAUGCACAGAUAGGAAACUUCUAGAGGAUCUUAUAAACUUACUAGAUAAUGAAGAUGCUGAUAUCAUUUUACAGUCAAUAAGAGCCAUUGGAAACAUUUGUUAUGAAAAUGAAAAGGCUUGUACGAAUAUUUAUCUGAUUGGGACCAACAAAAUUUUAGCUAUUCUUAAACAAUAUGGAAGUGGAGACAGUGACACAGAUAAAAUAAUAACUACCAAAACAUCAGGAUUGCUGGUAAAUCUCUUUACUUUAAAUGUAGAAGUUAUGAAGGUAUCAAUACAAAAUGGUCUUAUGCCAAUUGUAGAAGAUAUAUUAGUAAAAUAUUCAAAGCAAUUUGAUUCAAGUGAAGCAUUAUUAACAUUCCAAAUAUCUAUAGUAAAUUUAGUGGAGAAUUAUUUAGACGGAUAUAAUGCUGUAUUUACCCAUUCACUUUGUAAAGCUUUGAUUGAUAUAUUUAAGCAGUCAGAGAUUCCUGAGAUAUCAAUUCCUUGUUUGGAGAUUUUUUAUGGUUUGUGUGAACAAGAGGAAAUAAAAACUAUUUUUGCAAAAGAAGGUGUUUGUGAACUGUUAGUUGAACUUAUUGAAAAGUACAAAGAGAAAUUUAAUGAUGAAGACAGUAGGGAUGCGUUAAGACUAGCUUGUGAUUUUAUUGUGGUUGUUGCCACUGGAGAUGACUGUAUGAAUCUCUUAUAUAAAAAUGGUCAAGGAUUGUUGUACAAGAAAACUUUAGCUUUGUUAGAGAGUGAUGACAAAGAUUUACUCAGUACAGGAAUUUUAGCCAUUGGCAACUUUGCUAGAAAAGACACACAUUGUAUUGAAAUGGUGAAUGAUGGACUUUCUAAAAAACUCAUAGACAUGCUUAAGAAAUAUAAUACCAGCACCAAGCUAGAAGAUGUCAAGGUACAGCAUGCUUUACUCAGUGUUUUGAAGAACCUUCUGAUCCCACAACAAAACAAGGCCAAAGUCAUAGAGGAAGGACUCAUAGAAGUUAUUUAUCCAAUGAUACAAAUCGACCAAUUCUUCGUUGUGUUCAAGCUUCUUGGUACAUUUAGAAUGGCUAUUGAAGGACAAGAGUCUACCGCCUUGGAUAUACUUUCCCGGAAAGACUUCAUAGAGAGACUGGUACACUGGUGUUACAACUCGGACCAUCUUGGAGUAAGAGGAGAAGUACCUAGGCUGAUUUCAUGGCUUGUAAAAUCGUGCCAUUCCGUAAAACCGUUUUAUUUAUUGCUUGAAGUACCUGACAGCAUCAAAUGCCUCGUAGAAAUGAUAUCCUCGAAUCAUGCAGUAAUGCAGAAUGAAGCUUUUUAUGCAUUGAGUCUCUUGUAUGUUGGUUUAUCCAGUCAAAACUGCGAAGACAGUGUAAAUAAAUUCAAUAAAGCAUUGAUAAAUGCUGACAUGGUAAAAAAUUUACAUUUCAUUUUGACUAAGUACGCUGACAAAAUGGACACUCCUACAAUAGAAAACUUGUUGGCAUUGUUAGAAUAUAUUUGUAAAUCGGAGGAAAUUGUUGAUCAUUUCAAGAAAAUAGAAUUACAUACACCUCUGAUUAAGUUGUAUUCAAAUCCGAAUAUAUUGAAAUUAGAUAAAUUGGAUAGUAUUAAAUCACUAUUAUGUGAUUAGAUUUUUUUAAAUUAUAACAAUUAUGAAGCUUGUUUCUUAAUUCAGUAGUAAACUUUCAAGUGUAC